UAGAUAAACAUCCACGAUGGCUGCAGCUGCACGAGUAACACUUGCUGAUAUUUACAGGGCGCACGAGCGAAUACUACCACACAUACACAAAACACCUGUCUUUACCAAUUCUACGUUUGAUAAAUUAAUUGGAAGGAAUGCAUUUUUCAAGGCAGAGAAUCUCCAGAAGACGGGAUCAUUUAAAGCGCGAGGAGCGCUGAAUGCUGUCAGUAGACUUCUUCAGGAUACUUGCUCUAGCGCACGGCCAGUUAGCUCAGUGAUUGCCCUUAAAGAGAGGAGUCCUAAUGUUGCUGGUGUGGUCACACACAGUACAGGUAACCAUGGUCAGGCAUUGGCCUGGGCAGCAAGCACUGUAGGCCUCGGUUGUGCAGUCAUUGUUCCUCGGGACACCCCACAGGUCAAGAAGGAUGCCAUCACAAACUAUGGAGCAGAACUGGUCUUGUGUGAACCUACCCCACAGUCCAGACAGGAGACAUGUGACAAAAUCGCUAAAGAGCGGGGAUUGGAAUUUAUACCCCCUUUUGAUCAUCAUGAUGUCAUUGCAGGUCAGGGAACCAUAGCUAUGGAACUGCUGAAGCAGGCACCAGAUCUUGAUGCCAUUCUUGUUCCUGUCAGUGGAGGUGGCAUGUCAUCUGGUAUAGCCAUUGCUGCAAAAGCCAUCAAACCAGGCAUCAAAAUAUUUCUUGUGGAGGCUGAAGGCAAGAUGUGUGAGAAGUCACUGAGAGCAGGUGAACGACUCUGGCCUAACCCUCCACGAUUUCUUAACACAAUCGCUGACGGGAUCAGGAUGCAACAUCUAGGUCACCUAACAUGGCCAAUACUCUUAGAACUAGCAGAAAAAGAUGUAUUUUCUCUAAGUGAUGAAGACAUGAUUAAGGGAAUGAAGUUUGCAUUUCAAAGGAUGAAGUUGGUGAUUGAAGCAGCCUCUGGAGCUGCUGUGGCAGCAGCCAUGUCUGAAAAGCUUGCUGGCAUGGACAAGGAGAUGAAAAACAUAGGUGUUAUCCUGUGUGGUGGCAAUGUGGAUAUAGAAAAGUUACCUUGGUACUAGAUCUAAAUUGUACCACAGGUAUUACCCAGGAUAUUUUUAGAUGUACCAGGGUAUUACGAGGUUAUUUUAAGAUGUACCCAGGGUAUUACCCAGGUUGUUUUUAGAUGUACCCAGGAUAUUUUCAGUUGUACCCAUGGUAUUUUUAGAUGUACGAGGGGUAUUUUAAGAUGUACCCAGGGUAUUUUUAGUUUUACCCAUGGUAUUACCCAGGGUAUUUUUCAGAUGUACCCAGGGUAUUACCAAGGGUAUUUUUAGAUGUACCCAGGGUAUUACCAAGGGUAUUUUUAGAUGUACCCAGGGCAUUUUCAGUUUUACCCAUGGUAUUACCCAGGGUAUAUUUUUUUCCAGGAUGUUUUUAGAUGCACAGAGGGUAUUUCCCAAGAAAUUUUUAGAUGUACCCAGGGUAUUACCAAGGGUAUUUUUCAGAUGUACCCAGGGUAUUACCAAGGGUAUUUUUAGAUGUACCCAGGGUAUUACCAAGGGUAUUUUUAGAUGUACCCAGGGCAUUUUCAGUUUUACCCAUGGUAUUACCCAGGGUAUAUUUUUUUCCAGGAUGUUUUUAGAUGCACAGAGGGUAUUUCCCAAGAAAUUUUUAGAUGUACCCAGGGUAUUACCAAGGGUAUUUUUUAGAUGUACCAAGGGUAUUACCUAGGUUAUUUUUAGAUGUACCCAGGUCAUUACCAAGGGUAUUCUUAUAUGUACCCAGGGUAUUAACGAGGGUAAUUUCAGAUGUACCCAGGGUAUAUUAAGAUGUACCCAGGAUAUUUUUUAGAUAUGUAUGUUUUCUGUGCUUUAAUAUGUACCAGGUUGUUUAUCAAUUAAUUCAACAUGCACAUAUCAUUGUUUUGAAACUGUUCAAAUCAACAGGUUGUUCAUGUUAUGAAUCUUACCACAUUUUAAUUUGUUCUUGCCACAGUUAAAAUCUUUACAUGUCAGCAUUAUAAAUCUACAUUCCAGCAUUUUGAAUUUGUACUUGUCAAUGUUUCGAAUAUAUAAAUUGUCUUUUAAGAAGAUUUCAGAUCAACUGUCAAAUAAUCGGCCUUUUUAGUUUAAUUUUAAACAAACUGGGAACACAGGUUAAAAUCAAUCCUUGUUUAAUGAAGUAGAUGUAUAUGUUUACUAUUUUUUUGUAAAGGCUAUGGUGCUACUGAUCCAAUUAAUUUUCUCAUUAAUCAAUUUUCAGGAUCUUUACCUAUACAUCUUUUGAUGGUAUAUGAGUUCUCUUAACAUUCACUUGCAAUUGUAUACAAAGAUAAAAAUGUUUGCGGUGAUUAAUUUUUUCCGACCGUCCUGAAAGCUAAACAUUGGGAAAAACACUCAAUGAGUAUUUACUGAUUGAGUGUUUACAAUAACAUUUAAAGAUUGUGUGUUUCAUGUUGAUAUUUUCUUCCUCACAUUAAUAUUAACGUUCUUUGACUUUUGGAAUACAAGAAGCAAAAUACAUUGUGUUUUGCAUUUUGUUUAAAUGCCUAAUAUUUACCUGUAUAAAGGUCACACUAAUUAUAUAAUUCAAAUGACAGUAAGUUUUCUGAAUGUUUCACAAUAUUGAUUAGAAUAAGUGAUUAUUUUAUAUAAACAAUUCUUAAUUUAUGUGCUAAAAUUUGGGAGGGAGUGGAAAGCAGUUUCAGAGACCCACGGUUUUGGUACAAGUAGUUCAAAGGGAACAGCACAUCGUAAAAGUAUUAUUAUUUCUGGUGAAUUGAUUUAAAGUGUUGUGACCUCACCAGCUAUCAAAUAUGAAAACAUAUUAAGUGAAGAAAUACUGAAAAAUGAGACCUUUGUAAUGGAUGUGGCCCCCAGCCCUCCUACAAAGAUAAUUCUGGAAUAGCCCUCAAAAUAGUGACAUUAAAUUUGUGAUACAAAUGUGCAUGUUUAUGGUUGUUUUGAUAUAGAAUUAUUUUUUGAUAAAUUUAAUUUUCUUUAUAUAAUUGGUGAUUCCAUUGUAUUGUAUUACAAUAUUAUAAUAUAUAACGGUUUAAUUAUGAAUAAAUAGCCAGUAUUAAUUGAUGUAAUUACUAUUAAGUAAUAUUUGUGCAAUAUCUAUCAGGUGCUUCACUCUUGUGUGAAUAUUUGGAAAUACAUUGAUAUGUACAGUGUAUUAAAUUACAUUAUUGUAUAGCCAAUAUUUUUAUAAAGAGUUAUAUUGUACAUACUUGCGGUGAUUUCUUUAAUGCCAAAGUGUGAUAUGUGCAGUAACAAAGUUCGUAAUAAAUUACAUUAUUGUACAGCCAAGAUUUGUACAGUUCUAUUGCA